AUGGUCGACUCGUUGCCUUGCACCUCCUUGUUUAUUGAUGGGCAAUAUCGCCCCGCGAGUACUGGGGAGACUUUCUCCGUAUUGAAACCUGGCACACGCACCGUCAUCGGCUACGCAGCGGCUGCUACCUCGAAAGACUGUGAAGAUGCCAUUGCUUCUGCCGCUCGUGCAUUCGACUCCUGGGAGCACUCCGCAUUGUCUCUGAGGCGCAAUAUCUUGAUACGCGCGGCAGAGUUGCUCAAGACACAGGAGUAUCGGGAGCGAGCGGCUAAGGCGAUGAAGGAGGAAACAUCGGCAACUCCUCUGAUAACCCAGUUCGACUUGUUUGCGACAAGUGAGUCGCUGAUGAAGGUGGCGGGUAUGAUCACCAUGCUCAAAGGGGAGACGUUCGCAUCGAGGAUGCCUGGAGGCCAGACGUUCACUCAGAAGAGAGCGAUGGGAGUCAUCUAUGCGAUAGCGCCAUGGAAUGUACCGCUGAUCCUGACGGUCAGAGCUGUAGCGAUCCCCAUAGUUUGCGGUAACACUGUGUUGCUUAAGCUGUCAGAUGUCAGCCCACGCGUGCAAAGUGUUAUAACAGACGUUUUGCACGAGGCGGGCCUACCUGCAGGAGUGCUAAAUGUUAUCAGCACGCGGAAAGAAGAUGCUGCGGCUCUGACGGCGGAGAUCAUAGCCCAUCCUGCAGUACGCACGAUCAACUUCACGGGAAGCGAUACUGUCGCAAAGUCGAUCGCUGCUGAAGCGGCAAAGCAUCUCAAGCCUUGCGUGUUCGAGCUGGGAGGCAAGGCGCCUGUUAUUGUGCUCGAUGAUGCCGACAUCGCACAUGCUACACGUGCGAUCACUGCUGCAGCUUUCAUACACUCGGGACAAUUCUGUAUGGCCACGGAGCGAGUCAUCGUCCAGCGAUCCGUUGCUCCGGUUUUGAUCGCCUCCCUUACAAACCUGUUUGGCCGUAUACAUGCAGGGAACGACGCUGCAUUCGGUACUGCUGUCCUAGGGGCAGAUGGAAACAAUCGCGGUUCGAUCAGGCUUGGUCCGCUGUUUUCGGAGGGCAGUGCUGAGAAUGUGGUGCGAAUGAUCGAAGAAGCCCGAGGAGCCGGUGCAGAGGUGCUGGUGGGAGAUGCGAAACGGGAUGGGACGAUCGUGCAGCCACACCUAGUGCUGAUACCGAGCACACUUAAGGACAAAGGCACUGGCUUGAGAAUCUGGCAGAGAGAGAGCUUUGGUCCGGUGAUCGUCGUGGUAGAGACAGAUUCUGUUGACGAGGCUGUCGAGUUGGCAAACGCCUCGGAGUACUCCCUCAUGGCUGGGCUGUGGACGCGCGAUGUUAACAGAGCGUUUGAUGUUGCUGCACGGAUCCGGGCUGGCAGCGUCAACAUCAAUGGCGAGACGGCAUUUAUGGAAGGAGAUCUCGGAGGCCUUGGGGGUGCAUCGGGUUAUGGACGAUUCAACGUCGAUAAUUUCACGGAUACUCGCGUGCUUACGUUCCAUCCGUCAACUGAACCACCUUAUCCGUUACUCAAGGGUCUUGAAGAUGCCCGCGAGUAG